AUGAGAAGUGAAGUGUGCAGCAGGAGCCUCCAGGGCUCUAAUGGCGCCAACAAGAUCAACGCUCUCUCCAAACGCUACAGCGCGGUGGGAAGCCUGAAGAGCCGGUGGCAGGACUGGGCCUCGGAGCACACGGUCAACCAAAGACUCAACCCGUUCAGUGAAUACUUUGACUACAACUACUCCAUGUCCACGAGGCUGGUGCGAGGCCAAGAGGGCUACGGGAGGCCAAAGGAGGCCACCAAGACGGCGGAGCAAGCCAAACGCGCCGAGCAGCACAUCCACCGCGAGAUCGCCGACAUGUGUCUGAUCAUUCGGACGAUGGCGAAGGCCGACGGAGACGGAAAGACACGUGUGACGUUCAGAGAGUUGUUCGACAGAUACGUUCGCAUUUCGGACAAAGUUGUGGGGAUUCUGAUGCGAGCCAGGAAGCACGGGAAAGUGGCGUUCGAAGGAGAGAUGUUGUGGCAGGGAAGAGACGAUGGAGUUAUCAUUACUCUGCUUGAACGACUCAAGAUGACUUGCCUCAGGCUCAUCGCGCUGGUUGCAGUCUUUACUCUGCUGGCCUCUGCAGAAGACCAGAACUACUCCUUCAGUUCUCUGGUGGGAUCCAGAAGUGGAACUCCGUACAGGAUCGAGGGAGAUGAGCGAGUCACUGGAGUUCGAGUCUGGAGUCAGUCUAACUUCAUCUCCGCGAUCCAGUUGAGGUACGGGUAUAUCUGGGCCGAGCGCGCGGGCCUACAUAGGGGCACAGAGCAGGAGUUCCUUUUGUUUGACGACGAGGCCAUAGUCCAGAUCUCGGGGAAGUACUUGCAGAACAUCCACUCGCUGGUGUUUGUCACCAGCAGGGGGCGCUCCCUGAUGGUCAUGGGAGACCCCUCAGGGGAGUCCUUCAACAUGUAUCCAGAGCAUGAACAGGCCGAGCUGCGCUUCCUCAGUGGAACCUAUCAGACGUAUCUGACCGGGAUCAGCGCUCACUGGGCAGAGUUCCAUGAAUCCAGCAACGAAGACACCAUGUGA